GAAAUUGAAGACUUAUUACAGCAGUGAAUGAGGAUCCACAAAGACAGAGAAGACAAGAUAUGUCUACCGUCUACCAUCAUUGCUGGAUAGCCCCACGUGAUCUUGACACAUGUAAGGAUCAAAAUCAACCACUUCACAAAAUUUCCACAUAUGAAGACACUGCCAGUUCUUUUCCAUUUGAUCCAUGGAAAAAGUCUCUGUAUCAGUAUGUAGCAUUUAUUUCCACCAAACCAUGAUAUUUUUGUUUUUGACUGUUUUUUCAUAUUGAGAAGAAAUUUACGAUCUUUCUAUUUUUGACAUGUUAACUCAGAUUGAAGAGUGGUAAGUAGUAAUUUUAAUUUGAUUAUUAUUUCUGGGUUGUAUGAAAAUAUUAUAAUAUUAUAUUUAUCUAUUUAUGUCUGUACUUUCUGGAUAACAUUCUUUAAUCUGAAAGGUUGGUGAAUCUGACCUGUUUUCUGGGUAUGAAAUUAGAUUCUGAUCUCUUUCUGUAUAAAGAAAUUUGGUGGGAAAGUGCUUGAAUGGUAAACAGUCUUCCUGGGCUAUAAGGGUGUCUGUUUCUUCUUCUUUUUAUUUGUUUGGUUGUCUAUAUCUGACCGAUUUCAGGUGGGGGUCUGCAUCAAGGGUUUUAAUUUGGAGAUUUUUUUUUUUCUUCUGGGGUUUGUGGUAUUUGAUUGGUGGAAAUCAUGAUUUGUGAGACAGGUGGGGAAGAGUUAAUUUGAGUUAGAUUUGGGUUGGAUAUCCUGAGUACAAAGUUGCGGCAAAGAAGCUGCAAAAGGAGCUUUAGUGCCUGAUUGUUUGGUCUACAUCUGGUUGGGCCAAAUUUUU